CCCGCAGAGCUCCCGCCCGAUAUCGCGGAACAGUACUCGGCCAUCAUUGACAGCAUCCUCGAGGAGGCCGACCUGAACACCAUCUCGGCCAAACGUAUACGGAAGGGCCUGCAGGAGCGUCUGGGCCAUGACAUCUCCGGCGAGAAGCAAGCCGUAACCAGCCUCAUCAUGGCGCGCUUCGACAAGUUCAACGCGGAACAGAACGGCGGCCCCGAGCCCGAGGAGCCCGUUCCCAGCGUCGAGGCACCCACGAAUGGGCACGCAAGCAAGCGCACCCCCGACGACGAUUCGGCCCUCUCGGAGCUUGACGAUUCUCCGCCCAAGAAGAAGCAGAAGAAGCACAGAAGCACCGAGGACGACGACGCUGCAUAUGCGGCCAGACUCCAGGCCGAGGAGAACAUGGCGUCACGGGCGAGGUCGACCAGGGGUGGCAACACCAAGAAGAGGGCUCCCGUGCAGAAGAAAAAGAAAGAGAAGAAGAAGAGCGCGACUAAGGUCAAGGACGACGACGAUAGUGACAUUGCUUCGGGAAGUGGGGGCGAAAAGAAAUCCCCUAAGCGGACGGGAGGUUUCCACAAGCCCAUGAACCUUUCUGCAGCCCUGCAGGAACUUCUCGGUGAAACCCAGCUCUCAAGACCGCAAACCGUCAAAAAGAUCUGGGAGUACGUCAAAGCUCGCGACCUUCAGGACCCUGCCGACAAGCGCCAGAUCCGCUGUGACGAUGCCAUGCGCGCCGUUUUCAAGCAGGACAGUGUCCACAUGUUCACUAUGAACAAGAUUCUCAACACGAACCUAUACCCCGUUGAAGAGGACUAG